UCGACCAUUGGAGGCCGCGGGCCCGCCCCGCCGGCUAGUUGAAGGUGAGAGUCUCCUCCAGCCGGCGCGGCUGAACCAGACCGAGCGGCUCCAGCCUCACGGACUCCAGCUCUCUCGCCAUGGCGCCUCCGUCAGUGUUUGCCGAAGUUCCGCAGGCCCCCCCGGUCCUGGUCUUUAAGCUCACGGCCGACUUCCGGGAGGAUCCGGACCCCCGCAAGGUCAACCUGGGAGUGGGAGCUUAUCGCACGGAUGACUCCCAGCCCUGGGUUUUGCCUGUAGUGAGAAAGGUGGAGCAGAAGAUUGCUAAUGACAGUAACCUAAACCACGAGUAUCUGCCAAUCCUGGGCCUACCGGAGUUCCGGACCCAUGCUUCCUGCCUUGCCCUUGGGGAUGACAGCCCAGCAAUCCAGGAGAAGCGGAAUAUAUGUCUAAGGAUUCCUAAGCCUGCAUUAUGGAAGGAGAAAGCAGUAUUACAGAUUGAUGUCAAUGGCAAGCUGGAACAUUAUUUUCCAGGCUUCUGCUGGAGGGUAGGAGGUGUGCAGUCUUUGGGGGGAACAGGUGCACUUCGAAUCGGAGCCGAGUUCUUAGCGCGAUGGUACAAUGGAACGAACAACAAGGACACGCCUAUCUAUGUAUCCUCACCAACCUGGGAGAAUCAUAAUGCUGUGUUUACUGCCGCUGGAUUUAAAGACAUUCGGUCCUAUCACUAUUGGGAUGCAGCGAAGAGAGGACUUGACCUCCAGGGUUUCCUGAAUGAUCUGGAGAAAGCUCCUGAGUUCUCCGUCUUUGUCCUCCAUGCCUGUGCACACAACCCAACUGGAACAGACCCAACUCCAGAGCAGUGGAGGCAGAUCGCCUCCGUCAUGAAGCGCCGGUUUCUGUUUCCCUUCUUUGACUCAGCCUAUCAGGGCUUUGCAUCUGGAAGCCUAGAGAAAGAUGCCUGGGCCAUUCGCUAUUUUGUGUCUGAAGGAUUCGAGCUCUUCUGUGCCCAGUCCUUCUCCAAAAACUUCGGGCUCUACAAUGAGCGUGUGGGGAAUCUGACCGUGGUUGCAAAAGAACCUGAUAGCAUGCAGCGGGUCCUUUCCCAGAUGGAGAAGAUUGUGCGAAUCACUUGGUCCAAUCCCCCUGCUCAGGGAGCACGGAUCGUGGCCACUACCCUCUCUAACCCCGAGCUCUUUAAGGAAUGGAAAGGUAAUGUGAAGACAAUGGCUGACCGGAUUCUGACCAUGAGAUCUGAACUCAGGGCACGAUUAGAGGCCCUCAAGACCCCUGGAACCUGGAACCACAUCACUGAGCAAAUUGGAAUGUUCAGCUUCACAGGGUUGAACACCAAGCAAGUUGAAUAUCUGGUCAGUGAAAAGCACAUCUAUCUGCUGCCAAGUGGUCGGAUCAACAUGUGUGGCUUAACCACCAAAAACCUAGAUUAUGUGGCCACCUCCAUCCAUGAAGCAGUCACCAAAAUCAAGUAAAGAGGUACCACUGAAACCAGCACCACCAAAGCGGCCCUCCGUCGAGUGUGUUCCCUGCCUGCACAAGUCUAGUUGUAUACAUCAUGGAUCAGACUAUUGCAAGACCAAAAGGCUGCUCUGGUGAGGUUGGCCCCACUUGAAGAAAACAUCUCUUGAAAAGAGAUGCGGCCUGGGUUAGAGCCUUUCUGAAGGCCAGAGCAAAUUAAGCUUUCUGUUUAAGAAGAAUAAAGCGGUACUUUGAUCAUGAGCUGUAGAUAUCUUGCUCCCUUGCUAGAAGCCAGAGUCUUGCCUGUGUCACUUGUGUGCUUCUAUGUGUUGCUUGACUCUGUACAAAGUCUAGUCCCAAAGAUCAAGUUGUCUGAAGAGCCAUGUGUAAUUGUGGGUGUUGGCUGUCAGUAAACUCAUCACCUCUACCCAGAGUGUCUGUGUCCCUGCUCUUUCUGCAUGGUUGUGUCCCUAGCCCUAAGCUUUAGUUCUUUAGGGCAGCUAAGGUACAAAAUAUAUUUACAUUACAUGCACACAGUUAACUAAAAGUUUCACAAAACAGUAUAUACUCUUGCUACAUGCAGUGCAUUCUGAUAUUUUCUAGUCCAUUCUAUUCUUUUAUGUUCCAUUUCACUAAAGAAAUAAAAGUGCUAAGUGCUGA